GUUACUGCAUCAACUUGGGUUUUUGUCUCAGUAUCAUACACUGUGUUCCCCACCUCCAUGUGCUGCUAAAGCUGCUUCCUUUCUUCCGGGUCUUCAUGUUUCACUGCUACUUUAAGUUCACUACUCAUUCUCAAUUCUGAUCCUUCCCCAUUUAGAUAUUUUUUCCAGAUUCAUUGAAAGACACCCUUUGCAGCAAAAGAGCAGGCUCAGAUCAUGGGAGUGGAUUUAAGGCAAGUGGUGGCGGGUGUGCUCACCCUAACAAUGUUCGUCAUGCUCAUACACAUGAUCAAAAGGGACCAUUUUGAUGCUGUUGAUGAUAAACAACCUGGAGCAGACGAUUUCAGCUUUGACAGUACAAACUUUGAGACUACUCAUGUUAGAAAGAACAUAGGGAUUUGGAAGGGAGAUGCUGAUGAGUUAAAGCCUUGUUGGGUUAAGCCAUCUGAAGACAGCAACGUGGAGCAGACUGAUGGGUUUGUUACCUUUUCAUUAACCAAUGGCCCGGAGUACCAUAUAUCUCAGAUAGCAGAUGCAGUGCUUGUUGCUCGUAGUCUUGGGGCAACACUUGUGAUCCCUGACAUCAGAGGAAGCCAACCUGGUGACAAGAGGAACUUUGAGGACAUUUAUGAUGUCGAUGUGUUCAUGAAAAGCAUGGAAGGAGUGGUCAGAGUGGUAAAGGAUCUUCCUUCUCAUGUAUCAAAGCAUAAAAUCGCUGCCGUGAAGGUUCCAAAUCGGGUUACAGAAGACUACAUUGCCAAACAUGUUGAACCUAUUUAUAGAUCAACGGGGAGUGUGAGGCUUGCCACUUACUUUCCUUCAAUAAACAUGAAGAAGGGAGGGGAAAAAAGCGAUGCCGAUUCUGUUGCAUGCUUAGCAAUGUAUGAAAGCUUAGAGUUGCAGCAAGAAACACAUGACCUUGUUGACUCGAUGGUGGAAAGACUUAAAACUUUAAGCCGAAAAUCAGAUGGCCAAUUUAUAGCUGUAGAUUUGAGGGUUGAGAUGUUGGAUAAGAAGGGAUGCCAAGGAAGUGAUGGUAAAGAGAAGAGUUGCUUCAAUGCACAAGAAGUUGCAAUGUUUCUGAGGAAGAUUGGUUUUGAGAAGGAUACUACUAUCUAUGUGACACAAUCAAGGUGGGACGAGAGCCUUGAUUCUCUUAAGGAUUUGUUCCCUAAAACAUAUACAAAGGAAUCUAUCAUACCUGCAGAUAAGAAGAAAAAGUUCCUAGAAUCUGAAGAUUCUGAGUUGGAGAAAGUGAUUGACUUUUACAUUAGUUCUGAGAGUGAUGUUUUUGUACCAGCAAUUUCAGGUCUAUUUUAUGCAAAUGUAGCUGGUAAGAGAAUUGGGUCUGGUAAAUCCCAGAUACUGGUUCCUGCUAAUAUUCCAGAUUCAUCUGCUUCUGCCUCCAGUUUCUUGUCCCAUUAUGUCUCCAAGAAAAAUCACUUUGCCUAUUCUUGUUACUGUUAGUUUCAAGGGAAGACAUUCUUAGUAUCAUGUAGCAAAUGUUGUGUACCAAUUGUCCUGAAUGAUGCUUUGCAAAAUUUACCCUUUUGGGGAAUUUCAGUGUUAUGGCCUAAGGCUUUUUUACUUGAGUUACUCUCAUUUCACAUGUACACAGGGCUUUCUCUGAACUGGUAUUUAGUUUGUAAAAUUAUGGCUGCCCCCAUAUUUGAUUUU